AUGUCAAUGUCCCAAGGCUCCCCACGACUACCCAGUCCACCGCCACCGGCCGAGAUACAGAUGACGCCGGCAUCCCCCGGACUGGGCACCACAGCGAGCCGACAAGCACAACAGAUGGAGCAGACCAUGGCCGACGCAAAUGCGAAACGGCGCAUACACCCGGGAACGAGAUCAGAGGAUAUGGCUGCCGGGCCGCCGCUGGUGCCUUUGAACGAGCUCGACUCGGCCUUCCAGUUGCAAGAACACCUCGCAGCGCUACAUUACCACCACACCGCCCUGAACACGACUGCGAUAACGCGUGCGGCCGCCGCGCAGAUGGCUCAGCCUCCUCCCGGAAUCGACCGCACAUUAUGGCUCUACGAGCUGUGCCGAUUCUUGAUCGCGAAAUGCAACUGCCUGAUAGUCGGCUUCCUGUUCGACACACCGCCGUGCUCGUCGGCAACAUGUCCUGAAAUGCGCGCUUCCGAAUGGCAGUUCUUGUGCGCCGUUCACGACCAGCCCAAGAGCUGCUGCGCCAUCGACUACUGCUGCCACACGCUAGACUGGGCAGCGAAUGUCGUCACGAAUCCCAAGAUCUUCCCGAGCAGAUUCGUCAUGGUUUCGGAGGGCCACGACAAGAGCGCGGUGCUGAAAAACCUAGUCAAUGUGUUUCGGCGACUGCACAGAAUAUUCGCUCACGCAUGGUUCCAGCAUCGAGGGGUGUUCUGGUCGGUCGAGGCGCAAAUGGGGCUGUAUGCGUUCUUCAAGACGGUAUGUGAUAUGUACGAUCUCCUGCCGGCCGAGAACUACAAGCUCCCGCCCGAGGCUGAAGGAUUGGAACCUACGCCAUCUGAGAAAGACGAGAAGAAGCCGACGAUCACGGCUAUUGCAAAGCCCCCAUCACAGCAGAAUGAGGGCCCCGAGCACGACGACGAUAGCCACAGUAUGGUUGCCCGGAGAAGCAAUACGGCCAGGCAUUCGAGCAGACCGUCAACUGGUAGGGCGGUGACGACUGUCAUCGAAGAGCUAGAAGAUGAAUAUUCCAAUGUCGCGAACAGGCUCAGAGGCAUGCAUAUUUCAGCUCCUGAGACGGUAGAGGAAGAAUCCGAGGUCGAAGUGCCUGUCAUCGUCGAGAGUGGAGUGAUGGACGAACCCACCAGCGGUCAACCCAUCGAAGCACCACAACCUCCCGUGCACCAAGAUGCGCAACCUCGCGAAGUGAAGAUAGAUGUUCAGGAGGAUAUCCCUGUGGAGCCAGACUCGCCAGACGACAAUAAUGAACAGAAUGAGAACCCUCACGACGCACCACUGCUUGACCAUGAGAGAUUUGGGGAGUUCAACGAGCAGGAGGUCGAGGGAUCCCAACCAAACGCGGACGAUGACGACGACAGGGAAACUGUCAUUGAGAGCGCUGAGCCUGAGACGAAAGCAGAUGAGGAAGCAGUUGAGGAAACAGAGCCCUCCAUAGUGGAGUCAACGGACGGAGCGGUAGAGACGGACCCGGCGAAGGAAGAAAAGUCGUCUCCAGAGAGGGCAAGCAUGGAUUAG